AGGGAUUCCCAGCGCUCGCUCCGCCAGCAAGGACCAUGCAGGAUCUCCCCGCCGCACCACGGCGGAUGCUGGCCGGCUUGCUACUGCUGGCCGGCUGUGUCUUGGUAGGGGCGCCAGAACCACCGCCAGGCAGCGCCGCGGUCUCUUCACCGUGGGCGCCGGAGGCGGCCCCCGUCGUGGUGGCGAACCGCGGGCUGCGAGUGCCCCUUGGCCGUUCCGCCUGGCUGGACCCCUCACGGGACUUGGUGCUGCAGGUGCAGCCGGGGGACCGGUGCUACCUCACCGUGCUGGACGAGGAUCCUCUGUGGCAGCGCCCGGGCCGCCUGAGCCCCAGGCGCUUCCCCUGCGACUUCGGAGCCCGCGAGGUGCAGUACUCUCACCUGGGCGGCCGCAGCCCCGCGCGGGACCGCGUCCGCCUGCAGCUACGCUACGACUCGCCGAGCCGCGCCAUGGUGCUGCCCCUGGUGCUGGAGGUGGAGGUGCUUUUCACCCAACUGGAGAUCGUCACCCGCAACCUGCCCCUCACGGUGGAGCGCCUUCGGGGCACCAGCAACCCGCUGGACGCCCGGAGCCUGGAGUUCGCCUUCGAGCCGAGCAGGCAGCGCUGCAGAGUGGGCCUGCUGCCGCUACUGGCCGGGCUGCCCCGCUACGGAGAGAUCCUCAACUACCCCCCAGCGGCGGCGGUGGCGGCAGCCGCUCGUGAGGAGGCGGCGGGAAGUGGCCCGGUGCCCGCUUCAAUGUGGGACUGCGAGGAAUUUCUGCGCCUGGGGCUGCGCUACAGGCACACAGCAGCCGGAGGCUCUCCCAACCGUGACCUAGUGCCGCUGGUGGCCGAGCUGCGGGAGGCGGUAGGUAGUGGGGCACUGCUGAAGCGUGAGUACUUCCAGGUGCUGGUGCGGAUCCGGGCAGGGACUGAGAAUGUGGCCCCUAAACCCAGCUUCAUGGCCAUGCUCAUGAUGGAGGUGGACCAGUUUGUCCUCACCGCCCUCACACCUGACAUGCUGGCAGCUGAGGAUGUCGAGUCACCACCAGACCUGCUGCUCUUCAACAUCACCUCUCCUUUUGGCCCAGGCCAGGGCCACAUGGUUAGCACAGAUGACCGGAGCUUGCCUGUCUCCUCCUUCAGCCAACGGGAUGUGAGGGAGCUGCGCAUCGCCUACCAGCCACCCAUGGAGGACUCUGAUCGGGAACGUCUCUUUGAGCUUGAGCUGGAAGUAUUGGAUCCAGAGGGUGCUGCCUCAGAGCCCUUUGCCUUUGUCAUUGUGGUGAAGCCCAUGAACACUCUGGCCCCUGUGGUGACCCGCAACACUGGCCUUGUGCUUUAUGAAGGGCAGUCACGGCCUCUUUCAGGCCCUGGUCCCAGCCCCAACUUAGUGAUCAGUGAUGAGGAUGACCUUGAGCAGGUGCAGGUGAGUGUGGUGGCAGGGCUGAGGCAUGGCCAUCUCACACUCCUGGAGGACACCUCAGCACCUGCUGCUCCUCGUAAACACUUCACGGUGGCUGAGCUGUCAGCAGGCCGGGUCAUUUAUCAGCAUGAUGGCAGUGAGUCUUCACUCAGUGAUAAUCUGGUGCUGCGGCUGGAAGAUGGUGGUUCUCGCCACCAUGUUGAGUUCCUUUUCCCCAUUACCCUGGUGCCCACUGAUGACCAGCCACCUCUACUCAAUGCUAACACAGGGCUGGCCAUGGCUGAAGGUGAAACAGUGCCCAUCACCACCCGCGCUCUUAGUGCCACUGACAUUGACUCACAAGAUGCUAUCCUGCUCUUCACAGUGGAGUCUGGCCCCACUGCUGGGCAGCUCCUCCUCCGUCAAGCACAACCACCUCCUGGCUGGGGAGAAGAAGAAGAAGAGGGCUUUUCCUGGCGGAGAGUGCCAGGUUUAGCAGGGAGCUCACUGAUUUAUGAAAAGCCAGUGCGAGAGUGGCUGCAGCAGGACAUUGUGGGAGGGCGUCUCUAUUACCACCACUUUGGGCCUCACAGCCCUGGUCCAGGGGUUGUAUUGGACCAGUUUGUCUUCAGAGUCCAGGAUGACAAUGACCCACCCAACCGCUCUGGGCCACAAACUUUUGUGAUCCGGGUACAUCCUGUGGACAGGUUAGCCCCAGAGCUGCAUAGUAGCAGCAGCCUGCACUUAAUUGUUGCAGAACAGCAGGUGACCCCGCUGCGGAGAAAGCACUUGUGUUAUACAGAUCAGGAUUCAGGGGACCGCGAACUCCACUACACAAUAACUCAGCCCCCCACUGACACUAACCACGCUCCAGAUAUCUAUGGAGCCCGCCUUGGAUCCCUUGUGCUGACUGAGGAUCACUCUGUGGAAGUUACCCACUUCACACAAGCCCAGAUCAAUCAUCACAAGAUCUCGUACCGUCCCCCAGAGGAAGAACUAGGGGUGGCCCCUCAUUUGAUUCAGUUUCAGUAUCAAGUGCAAGAUGCAGCUGGCAAUGCAGCCAAAGGGACUUUCACCAUCUAUCUGCAGCCUGUAGAUAACCAGCCUCCUGAAAUCACUAAUACUGGCUUCACUUUGCCUGAAGGAGGCAGCCAUGUUCUUAGACCAACGGAGCUAGAUGCCAGUGACACAGACACUGAACUUGCCCAUCUCAGAUUUAUCCUCACACAGGCUCCUCGGUAUGGCCAGUUGCAGCUUUCUGGGUACAGUUUGAUUCCAGGAGGUGUCUUUGGCCUGGAGGAUAUCAAACAAGGAAGACUGGUGUAUGUGCACAGUGGAGCGGAGGCCAACAGUGAUGUCUGCAGGCUUGAUGUGAGUGAUGGGGUUCAUUUUGUGCCCAUCACACUGAAAAUGAACGUGCACCCAGUUGAUGAUGAGGUUCCUAGUCUACGGCUGCCCCCAGGCACUCUUGGUUCCUACCUGGAUGUGCUGGAGAAUGGCGUCGCUGAAAUCACAGCUAAUGUCAUUCAAGGCACAGAUGAAGAUACGGAUGACUUAAUGUUGACCUUUAUUGUAGAGGAUCCUCCUCAGCAUGGAAGCAUCCUGGUCCAAGGGGUGCCUGCAGAGCGAUUUUCCCAGAGAGAUCUGCUGGAUGGUGCUGUGGUAUAUGCUCAUACAGGUGGUGAAAUAGGCCUUCUGCCCAAAGAAGAUACCUUCAACCUUACCUUGUCUGACCUGUCUGAAGAGUGGAGCAUCAGGGGCAAUGUUGUUCAAGGAGUUUCAGUCUUGGUGACCAUUCUUCCUGUUGACAGUCAAGCCCCUGAGAUUUUUGUGGGGGAGCAGUUUAUGGUAAUGGAAGGUGACAAACGGGUCAUUACUCCUGCUAACCUCAGGGCUGAAGAUGUAGAUACUCCUAGUGAUGAUAUACUCUGCACCAUCGUUGCUCAGCCCACCUCUGGGUACAUAGAGAACAUCUCUCCGGCGCCAGGAUCUGAAAAAUCCAGAGCAGGUAUAGCUGUAAGUGCUUUUACAUUGAAAGACCUCCGUCAAUGGCAUAUUUUUUAUGUUCAAAGUAUACAUAAGGGUAUAGAGCCUGUUGAAGACAGAUUCACUUUCCGCUGUUCCGAUGGCAUUAACUUUUCCCAAAGGCAUUUUUUCCCCAUUGUCAUUAUGCCAAUCAACGAUGAAGAGCCUGAAAUUUUUGUGCGAGAGUUUGUUGUGAUGGAAGGCAUGAGCCUGGUUAUUGAUACUCCUAUCCUCAACGCAGUUGAUGCAGACAUACCUGCUGAUGAGUUAGUGUUCACAAUCACCAGGCUUCCCAGGCAUGGCCACAUUGUGAACCAGCUGGUCAAUGGAACAGUUCUAGUGGAGAGCUUCACCUUGGAUCAGAUAACCGAGAGCUCCAACAUACUCUAUGAACAUGAUGACUCUGAGACAAAGGAGGACAGUUUUGAAGUGAAAGUCACAGAUGGUAAACAUACCGUUAGGAAAAUGGUAUUCAUCAUGGUUAUUCCUGUAGAUGAUGAGACACCCAGAAUGGCCAUCAAUGAUGGUUUGGAGAUUGAAAUAGGGGAAACUAGAACUAUUCAUAACAGAAUAUUGAGGGCUACUGACCUGGAUUCUGAAGAUAAAACCUUGACAUACAUUAUAAGAUAUGGGCCAAGACAAGGCCUUUUACAGAGAAUAAAGCCUUCAGGUGGAGUUGAGAAUAUCACCCUGGGGAUGAACUUCACCCAAGAUGAAGUGGAUAGAAACUUAAUUCGCUAUGUGCAUUUUGGCCAAGAAGGAGUUCGUGAUCUUGUCAAGUUUGAUGUGACAGAUGGAAUAAAUCCUCUGAUUGAUCGCUACUUCUAUGUGACAAUAGGUAGCGUUGAUAUUAUCUUCCCAGAUGUAAUCAGCAAAGGAGUUUCUUUGAAGGAAGGAGGGAAGGUGACCCUUACUACUGAUUUACUUAGUACCAGUGACCUGAAUAGUCCAGAUGAGAACUUAGUUUUCACUAUUACUAGAGCACCUGUUCGCGGUCAUCUUGAAUGCACAGAUCAGCCCGGGGUACCCAUCUCCACUUUUACUCAGCUCCUGUUAGCAGGCAAUAAGGUCUAUUACAUUCACACUUCAGAAGAUGAGGUGAAAAUGGAUAGUUUUGAGUUUGAGGUGACCGAUGGCUAUAACCCUGUAUUUCGUACUUUCAGAAUUUCUAUCAGUGAUGUGGACAAUAAGAAACCUGUUGUGACGAUCCAUAACCUGGUGGUGAGUGAAAAUGAAUAUAAACUGAUAACCCCAUUUGAACUGACUGCAGAAGACAGAGAUACACCUGACACAUUGCUAAAAUUUAUCAUCACCCAAAUACCGGUUCAUGGUCAGAUCAUGUUCAAUAACUCCAAGCCAGUCACUGCCUUCACUAAAAAAGAUCUAAAUGAAAAUCUAAUCAGCUACAAACAUGAUGGCACAGAAUCAGUGGAGGAUAGCUUCUCUUUCACUGUUACAGAUGGCACUCAUACUGAUUUCUAUGUCUUCCCCAACACUGUGUUUGAAACGAGGAAACCUCAGACUAUGAAGAUUCGGAUAAUGGCUGUGGACAACAGCGUACCUCAAAUUGUAAUAAACAAAGGUGCUCAAACACUCCGUAUUCUGGCCACAGGUCAUAUCGGUUUUCUGAUUACCAACAAGGUGCUCAAAGUGGAAGACAGAGACAGUUUACUUGUUACUCUUAAAAUCAGAAUCACAGAGGGUCCACGCCAUGGCUUCCUGAUCCACCUGGGGAAAGGCAACCAUAGCAUCAGCCAGUUUACCCAAGCUGAUAUUGAUGAUAUGAAGAUCUGCUAUGUAUUACGAGGGGGUGACAAUGCUACCAGUGACAUUUUCCAUUUCAUGGUUGAAGAUGGUGGAGGUAAUAAGCUGAAAAAUCAACAUUUUCGCCUAAACUGGGCAUGGAUCUCCUUAGAGAAAGAGUAUUAUUUAGUAAAUGAAGACUCCAAAUAUCUUGAUAUUGUUCUCAAACGGCGAGGUUACCUGGCAGAAACCUCUUUUAUAAGUAUUAGCACCAAAGAUGGUACUGCCAAGAAAGAUAAAGACUUCAGAGGAAAGGCCCAGAAGCAGGUGCAGUUUAAUCCUGGCCAAACCUUAGCUACAUGGCGAGUACGGAUUUUGAGUGAUGGAGAACAUGAACAGUCUGAGUUCUUUCAAAUUGUUCUUUCUGAACCUGUCAUGGCAGUUCUGGAAUUUCCUGAUGUGUCCACAGUGGAAAUUAUUGACCCAGGAGAUGAAUCAACUGUCUUUAUUCCUCAGUCCACCUAUACUAUUGAAGAAGAUGUUGGUGAGUUAUUUAUUCCAGUCAGAAGAAGUGGAGAUGUGAGCCAGGAGCUGAUGGUUAUCUGCUACACACAACAUGGAACAGCAUCUGGCACUGCCCCAACCUCUGUGCUUUCUUACUCUGACUACAUAUCCAGGCCCGAGGAUCACAACAGCAUUCUACGUUUUGACAAAGAUGAACAAGAGAAAAUGUGUCGGGUUGUCAUCAUAGACGAUUCCUUGUAUGAAGAGGCUGAGACUUUUGAUGUUUUGCUGAGCAUGCCGAUGGGUGGAAGAAUUGGUGCAGAAUUUCCAAGCACUCGAAUUACCAUUGUACCUGACAAGGAUGAUGAACCAUCAUUCUAUUUUGGAAAUGAUGAAUACUAUGUUGAUGAGAGUGCUGGCUAUAUUGAGGUACGUGUCUGGAGGACUGGAACUGAUCUGUCUAAAGCUGCCUCUGUUACAGUGAGGUCUCGCAAAUCUGAACCAAUAACUGCAGAGGCUGGAGUAGAUUAUGUAGGCAUCAGUCGCAAUUUGGAUUUUUCCCCUGGAGUCAAUAUGCAGACGUUCCGUGUGGUAAUUCUGGAUGACCUUGGGCAGCCAGUGUUAGAAGGAACUGAGAAGUUUGAGCUUGUGCUGAGGAUGCCUAUGAACGCUGCCCUUGGUGAACCCAGCAAGGCCAUCAUCUUCAUUAAUGACUCAGUGUCUGACUUGCCUAAAAUGCAGUUUAAAGAAUCUGUAUAUGUAGGCAAUGAAAAUGAUGGACAGAUUUCUGCCAUGAUAUAUAGGAGUGGAGAUAUCCGAUACACAUCCACUGUGAGAUGCUAUACAAGGCAAGGUUCAGCUCAGGUAAUGCUGGACUUUGAAGAACGUCCUAACACUGACAGUUCCAUCAUCACAUUCCUUCCUGGUGAAACUGAGAAGCCUUGCACACUGGUGCUGAUGGAUGAUACUUUCCAUGAGGAAGAGGAAGAACUACGUUUGGUUCUUGGCACUCCAAGAAGUGAUUCUUCCUUUGGUGCCUGUAUUGGAGAACAAAAUGAGACGCUGAUAAGGAUUCAAGAUAAUGCAGACAAGCCUAUUAUCAGGUUUGGUGAGACCAAAUUCAGCGUAAGUGAACCAAAGGACGUAAAGCCAGUAGCAGUUGUAAAAAUCCCAGUGCUUCGUCUGGGAGACACUUCCAAAGUUUCUGUUGUGAGAGUUCAUACAAAGGAUGGAUCUGCUACUUCUGGAGAAGAUUAUCACCCUAUAUCAGAAGAAAUUGAGUUUAAGGAGGGUGAAACACAGCACUUUGUGGAGAUUGAAGUUCUCUUUGAUGGAAUAAGGGAGAUGAGAGAAGCCUUCACUGUUCACCUGAAGCCUGAUGAGAACAUGGUGGCAGAAAUACAGACAGCCAAGGCCAUUGUUUACAUUGAAGAAAUGAACAGCAUGGCAGAUGUGACCUUUCCCUCUGUCCCUCAAGUUGCAUCCCUUCUGAUAUACGAUGACACUUCUAGAGCUAAAGACAGAACCAGUCCCGUAGCUGGCUAUCCUGUCAUCUGUAUCACAGCUUGUAAUCCUAAAUAUGAAGACUAUGACAAGACUGGUUCUAUAUGUGCCAGUGAGAACAUCAAUAAUACUCUGACACAAUACCGGUGGCUUGUAAGUGCACCCACUGGUUCUGAUGGUGUGACUAGCCCCAUGAAGGAUGUUGACUUUGAUACCUUCUUCACUUCCUCCAAGAUGAUUACGCUCGACUCCAUUUACUUUCAAGCUGGUUCUCGUGUCCAGUGUGCAGCUCGUGCAGUGAAUUCAGAGGGAAAUGCAGGUCUUGAGCUUAUGAGCCCCAUUGUAACUAUAAGCACAUCAGAAGGUCUUUGUCAACCUCGUAUGUCAGGAGUAGUUGGAGCAGAACCAUUCUCUGCCAAAUUGCGCUAUACUGGCCCAGAAGAUCCUGAUUAUGCCAACCUCAUCAAACUGACAGUCACAAUGCCACAUAUUGAUGGCAUGUUGCCUGCUAUUUCUACAAGAGAGCUCUCCAACUUCGAGCUGACACUUAGCCCAGAUGGAAGUAGAGUUGGAAACCAUAAAUGCUCCAACCUGUUGGAUUACACAGAAGUGAAGACCCACCAUGGUUUCUUAACUGAUGCUACCAAAAAUCCAGGUGUAAUUGGAGAGACCAUUCCCUAUCAAUAUAGCCCAAUAAUUAGAGGUCUCAAUACCUUACGCUUCUACCGCAAUCUGAAUCUGGAAGCCUGCUUAUGGGAGUUUGUUAGCUAUUACGACAUGUCCGAGCUCCUUACAGAUUGUGGAGGCACCAUUGGGACGGAUGGACAGGUUCUCAACCUAGUACAGUCCUAUGUCACGCUGAGAGUCCCCUUGUACGUCUCUUACGUUUUCCACUCUCCGGUGGGUGUAGGAGGCUGGCAGCAUUUCGACUUACAGUCAGAACUCCGGCUGACUUUUGUGUAUGACACUGCCAUCCUGUGGACGGAUGGGAUCGGUAGCCCACCUGAGGCAGAGCUCCAAGGCUCCCUGUACCCAACCAGCAUGCGUAUUAGCGAAGAGGGGCGCUUGGUUGUCAACUUCAAGACUGAAGCCCGGUUUCAUGGUCUGUUUGUCAUGUCCCAUCCUGCUUCAUCUCUAACUUCCAUGGUUAUGUCAGCUGAUCACCCAGGCCUGACAUUUAGCCUCAGUCUCACCCGAAGUGAACCAACAUACAACCAGCCAGUACAGCAGUGGAGCUUUGUGUCAGACUUUGCGGUCCGGGACUAUUCUGGAAUGUACACUGUGAAGCUGAUAGCUUGUACCACUGCUCCACAUCAGGAGUACAGCCUACCAGUGAUCUGCCAUCCUAGAGAGCCAAUCACAUUCGAUCUGGAUAUCCGAUUCCAACAGGUCAGUGACCCAGUGGCUGCUGAGUUCAGCUUGAACACCCAGAUGUUCCUCCUCUCCAAAAAGACACUGUGGCUAUCUGAUGGCUCAAUGGGCUUUGGGCAAGAAAGCGAUGUUGCUUUCUCAGAAGGUGAUAUCAUAUAUGGUCGGGUGAUGGUGGAUCCUGUGCAGAAUUUGGGUGAUUCUUUCUACUGUAGCAUCGAGAAGGUUUUCCUGUGCACAGGAGCUGAUGGAUAUGUACCCAAAUAUAAUCCAUCCAACACUGAAUAUGGGUGCCUUGCAGAUUCUCCAUCCCUUCUGUACAGGUUUAAGAUUGUGGACAAAGCUCAGCCAGAGACGCAAGCCACAAGCUUUGGAAAUGUGCUUUUUAAUGCAAAGCUCGCAAUAGAUGAUCCUGAAGCAAUUCCCUUAGUUAAACAGCCAGGCUCUGAUGGUUUUAAAGUAGACUCAACUCCUCUGUUUCAGGUGUCUUUGGGUAGAGAGUGGUAUGUCCAUACAAUCUACACCGUACGUUCAAAAGGGAAUGCUAACCAUGGGAUUGGCAAAAGAAGUGUGGAGCACCAGUACCACUCACUCUUUAGUGGUGGAAUCCCAGGAGCAUCCACACAGAGACGUCAGAAGAGGGGAGCUGAGCAGGACCCAGAACUUGUAAAAGAUAUUGGAGUAGAAAACAACCGAGGAACAAACAUACAGCACAUAGCACUAGAUCGCACCAGCAAGAAGCAGGCUCCUCAAAGGGAGGUUGCAGUCAAUGGCAUCCUCCCCAGAGAACUGAAUAACCAAAGUGCAGGGGUCAGCAUAAUCACAAUCAUUGGUGGAGCUGCUGCCGUUUUUCUUGCCAUCUGCUUAAUUGCAAUCAUCGUUUUGCUGCUAAAAUGGAAACUAAAUUCUGAGAAGGAAGUGACAAAGGAGUCAGGCAGCGAUGAACCAAUGAUGCCACCGUAUAAUUACACCAGUGACAGCUCAGAGGUCUGA